AUGCUUCCGAAAGUUAGACGGGAGCGCAACAAGUUGCAUCACCGACCAUUUGCCGUGCCACGGAAUGAAGUCCUCGAGCGCGUUACGCCCGGUUCAGCGACCGACCAAAACGAGCCAGAUCUCUUACAGAAGAACGCCAGGUCAAUGCUGUUUGGGCCGUUUCAGCAAUCAAAAAAAGCCAAACUAAAAGAACGUCAUGAAAAAUGGAUAGAAAUCGAUCUGUCUUCCUUUAAUGAAAUUCUUUCGAACGUACCUGAUAAUACAAACGCUGAUGCAAAGUCAAAAGACGUCGAAGCAAGCAAGAGUCCGAAUCCCAAGGGUAAUAAAGCGGGAAAGCGCGCUGCUGUCGCUGAGAUGCAACGGUUCCGUGAAGUGCUCCGGCAUCCUGCAUUUAAAGCAGACGCUCUGUCUACGAUACAGACCCACAUGAAGAACACUCUUCAGAUGAAACAGAAUACAGUAGAAACGCAUGGAAAGACUAUGGAUGUUGAUUGA